GCAUGCUCGUUCUCUGACGUCUGAUGUUCUAUCAUGUCUUCCAUCCUUAACCUCAAAUUUGUUACAUGUUGGACUGUUCUGUCCUAUCUUAAAUAACACCCUCUGUUUCAUUAUAAUUGGCCACUUGAAGUAAUAGCGAAUUAACAAUGACUUUCAUAGAUCCUUCUUCGUCAGCAGAACAAUUAGAAGACGAUAAAUUAAAGAGUUCAAGGCGAAGUUCAUCUUCGGAAGAUCGUCAGUGGGGUUACGAUUUGUAUCCACAACGUCGUAAAAAAAGUACAGAAACGCAUGGAAUAACAAGUUUGUUGGAUACCAAAGGACAAGAAAACAUUAGUAAAAUUAAAUGUGAGCGAACUAUAUAUAAAUGCAUUAAGCAGAGUCCCAUAAUUAAAUUAAUGAUGGGUGCGUUGAAAAGUUCUGGUUGCCCAGUCGACAUUCGUAGGCACAUCUCUUGUGAAGAAUGUGCACCCACAGUAUCUGGUGGUUAUGACCCCAUACUUAAUCAAGUGGUAAUAUGUCAGAAUUCAGUACAUAAAAUAGGACAUAUACAGAGUGUUCUUUUACAUGAGAUGAUUCACAUGUUUGAUUAUUGUCGACACGACCUAAAUUUUAAAAACCUUGAUCACUUAGCAUGUACUGAAAUCAGAGCUGCCAACUUGGCACAUUGCAGUUUCUUGUCAGCAUGGACUCAGGGAGAUGUUUCAGUUUUCAAUAUUAAACAGGCUCAUGGUGACUGUGUCAAAAGUAAGGCGUUGAGUUCCAUUUUAGCUACCCGUGAUGUUUCUACCACUGAAGCAAUUGACGCAAUAGAAAGAGUGUUUCCCAAGUGUUACAGUGAUUUGGAACCUAUUGGACGACGGAUUAGGAGAAAUUCUGAUGAUAUGUUCAAAGCAUAUACAGAAGGAUAUUAUUAUGGAUAUGAUAAUUCAUAGUCUUUUUUGUAUUUAUAUUUAAGCACAAAAGUAGUGAAAAUAAAUUUUUAAACAAU